GUAACCGUCCAACUCCGCCCAUCGGACGGACUUCCUCCUCCGCCGGCGCCUCCUACUCCUGCGACUCCAACCUCCCCGCGACGCCACGCGGCCGCACCCAAAUCGGAAGUACUCCCACUCCCCCCAUUUCUUCUUCUUCAGAUCACGCGCCAAACCCCUCGCCGGAUCGGAUCGCAUCUCAGUCUGCGGCGGCGGCGGUGGAGAUGAUGUCGUCGUCGGACGCCGCGGCGGAGGCGGCGCUGGAGCUGCAGGAGUCCGGAUGGGAGGAGCUGCGGCGGGAGGCGCGCAAGCUGGAGGGGGACCUCGACGUCAAGCUCUCCUCCUACGCGCGCCUCGCCGCGCUCUCCUCCUCCUCCGCCUCGGGCGCCGCCUCCCCCACCGCCGACCGCUCCUCCUGGAAGUCCAUGGAGUUCGAGAUCCAGUCGCUGCUCGGCAAGCUGCAGGACGUCAACGACGCCAUGAGCCGCUGCGCCGCCUCCACCGCCCCCACUACCUCCGUCUCCCAGAAGCUCGCGCGCCACCGCGACAUCCUCCACGAGUUCACGCAGGAGUUCAGGAGGACAAGGGGGAACCUGAGCUCGAUGAGGGAGCAUGCCGAUCUCCUCAGCUCCGUGCGCGACGACAUCACUGAGUCCAAGGCCACCGGCGGCAUGUCGCCGAGGGUGCAUUUGCUCAGGGAGAGGGCUUCUAUUCAUGGUAGCAUCAACCAGAUUGAUGAGGUAAUUGGCCAAGCUCAAAGCACAAGAGUGGCACUUUCCAACCAGAGGGCCUUGUUUGGAGAUGUUCAAGGAAAAGUCAAGCAGUUGGGUGAAAAAUUCCCGAUAAUCAGAGGUCUUCUCGGUGCCAUUAAGCGGAAGAAAUCGAAGGACACUAUAAUUCUUUCAGCAGUGAUCGCGGCCUGCACCAUCUUUUUGAUUAUUUACUGGCUUUCAAAAUGACGGGUUCUCACCAAGAAAAACCUCCCACCACGAAGGCUUCCCAUCUUGGCACAGAUUAGCUGAUAUCAGAUGGCGCGUCGUUUGUUACGUUUGAGAGAGAGAUCAGUUUCUUUAGCUUUCAUUGGUUUGCCUUUGACAUAUACUACCUUGUAUCUGAAGAUUUCACAACACGCAUAUGUAAGAGCAAUUUUGCUUCCCAGAGUAACCCGUCUGAGCAUGAUUGCACUGGUUGAGUAAAUAUAUGAUAACAUCGAGCUGAUGCUUUCUGUGAGAACAACACCAAUCGUAUGUUUAGCUUUAUAAUUGUUAA